AUGGCCUCAAGGUGUACCGCUGAGGCCGAAACAUCCGGUCUUGAACACACCCUACAAGGCCACGUCGAUGAUCUUCGCACCCUGAUACAAUGUGGUAUCUGCAUCCGACCCCUCUACGAGCCCUUCACCCUCGCCUGCGGCCACACGUUCUGCUAUUCGUGUUUAACAUCUUGGUUUGCCGGCGGAAAAACCAAGCGAACAUGUCCGGAUUGUCGAGCGCCCGUCAAAACACAACCGGCGCCAGCCUACUUGGUUCGGACUAUGGUGCACAUGUUCACAAACCGCGCAGAAAUGCUGGACAAAGGAGAAACCACCAAGGAACAUCUCAAGAACCAAACGGAAGAAGCAGCCAGAUUGGAAGAGGAUAAAGCGAACAAUCAUCCAACCCGUGGUGGUCUGUUUGGUGGCCUUUUCAGACCCAAAGCUGCGGUCCCGCAACCUGUCAUCGAUGUUGACGAUGGAGUCGUUCGAUGCCCACACUGCGCGUGGGAGCUCGAAGAAGGGGAUACCUGCGCAGGAUGCGGCUACGAAUAUCGAGGGUCGCCCGCGGAUUCAGACUCAGACAUCAGCGCGGAAUCGUAUUACGGUGCAGGUGAAAGUGAAAUUGAGUCAGAGGAUGACGACCAGGGCGAAGAGACCGGUGGCGACCCUUGGCGGACCUUUGUAGGGCAUCACCCAGGUCCUGAUGAUAAUGACAGGACGCGCAUUCCUAUCACACUGGGGCGUCUGCCCAGCGCACAGGAUGCUCUGCUUGCACUCGCUGGACGAGGCCCAUCCGGUCUCAGAAGACCAAAUGAUGCACAUCUUCAUAAUCCAGAGUACUUUGCCAACGGUUACGAACAUGGCGAGGAUGACUACUCAGACGAGGAAGAUGAGGGAGAAAAUGAAUAUGAUGAGGACGAUCCCUUCAUUGAUGAUGAUGAAUCUGCGGGUCCACCCACAAGCUCUUUCGUCGACCAUCAUGAGCACGACGUGAGUGGCGAGGCCUAUGAUUUGGAUUCAGAACCUUCCACCGGCACAGCUGUGGAUGACGAUAACGAUGAAGAUGAACCUCCUAGCACGGAUGGGCUGUUACAGUGGAGAAAUGCCAAUUCACAGAUCGAAGAGGACUCAGACGAGUCAGGAAAUGAAGAAGGAGAUGUCCAAAUUUGGGACGAUGACUCCGACGAAGAGGAUGUUCAGGUUAUGCCUUCUCGUCAACGCCAAAUGCCGUCCGCAGCACGGUCUCAGAACUUUCGAGCUCCGAGUGAGGCUUCUUGGCUUAGAGCAAGCGGUACCUCAGCAACGGACGACCUAUCCUCGGCAAGGGCCAGGAAUAGGCGGCCGAUUAUUCCUGAUUCCGACGAGAUCGAAGAAUCCGAAUCGAAUUCUUCGAGCUCGCCACCUCCUCGACCCGCUCGAUCAAUAGGGCGCACCGGUGGAUCGGUUGGAAAUGCGAUAUCCCUCGAUGAUUCUGAUGAUGACCAGCCCGUCGGUCCUGUGAGAAGGAACACGCAUCGGCGGAACAACCGGUUUUCUCCGUAUUGA